AUGAUAAUAAAUUAUAAACUAGUUGUGCAAUUGUUAGUUAUUUUACAGUCUUUUUUAUGGGGUACUUUUGCAGUUCGGCUUAGAGCUAAGGAAUCAAAAGUUUUGAGGAGAAAAUUUUCUGGAUCUAAUUAUGGUAACCUACAGACUGAAAGCAUCGCAAAAAACUUUAUUUUAACUCCUAUAGAUAAUUUGUUUGGACAAAAGGGCUUAUAUAAUAAUGACACAGAAUCUGUAGUGAAGUCUAAAGAUAGUGUAGAACCUACAACAGAAUUUACAGUAGAUUCUAAAUUAGAGUCUACAGGGGAAUCCAAAAUUAAUUCUACGCUGGAUCCAACAGAAGAACCAGAAAUAAGUUCUAUAUUUGAAUCUGAAAGACCUAGAGUAAAUUCUAUAUUAGAAUCUAUGGAAGAACCAGAAAUAAAUUCUAUAUUGGAAUCUGAAAGACCUGGAAUAAAUUCUACAUUAGAAUAUAUGAAAGAACCAGAAAUAAAUUCUAUAUUGAAAUCUGAAAGAUCUGGAGUGAAUUCUACAUUAGAACCCAUGGAAGAAAUAGAAAUAAAUUCUAUAUUGAAAUCUGAAAGAUUUGAAGUGAAUUCUACAUUAGAAUCUAUAGAGGAACCAGAAAUAAAUUCUAUAUUGGAAUCUGAAAGAUCUGGAGUGAAUUCUACAUUAGAAUCUAUAGAGGAACCAGAAAUAAAUUCUAUAUUGGAAUCUGAAAGAUCUGGAGUGAAUUCUACAUUAGAAUCUAUAGAGGAACCAGAAAUAAAUUCUAUAUUGGAAUCUGAAAGAUCUGGAGUGAAUUCUACAUUAGAAUCUAUAGAGGAACCAGAAAUAAAUUCUAUAUUGGAAUCUGAAAGACCUAGAAUAAAUUCUACAUUAGAAUCUAUAGAGGAACCAGAAAUAAAUUCUAUAUUGGAAUCUGAAAGAUCUGGAGUGAAUUCUACAUUAGAAUCUAUAGAGGAACCAGAAAUAAAUUCUAUAUUGGAAUCUGAAAGACCUAGAAUAAAUUCUACAUUAGAAUCUAUAGAGGAACCAAAAAUAAAUUCUAUAUUGGAAUCUGAAAGAUCUGGAAUGAAUUCUACAUUAGAACCCAUGGAAGAAACAGAAAUAAAUUCUAUACUGGAAUCUGAAAGACCUGGAAUAAAUUCUACAUUAGAAUAUAUGAAAGAACCAGAAAUAAAUUCUAUAUUGGAAUCUGAAAGAUCUGGAAUGAAUUCUACAUUAGAAUCCAUGGAAGAAACAGAAAUAAAUUCUAUAUUGGAAUCUAAAGGACCUGGAAUAAAUUCUACAUUAAAAUCUAUAGAAGAACCAGCAAUAGAUUAUACUCGGAAUUUGUUUGAGGUAAAAAAUGAUACAGAAGGUGUAUCUGCAGAACCAAAUCUUGUAGAACUUGAACAUAAAGCUCAGCAUAACGAAGCUAGUGAUAGCAAAGAGGAAGAAAAAGAAUUAGGGAUCAAGCAAAAAGGUGAUGAAUCAUAUAAUAAACAAAUUGAACCAAUGAUAAAUAAAUUUGAAAAGCUAGUACCUGUAUAUUUUAACAGCUCUAAUGUAUCUAAAGCAAGGAAUGAAUCUCUUAUAAGCUCCUAUAAUAAUAAUAGCUUAUCUAUAAAUGCUUCAAAACCCUCAUCUAUUACGUUAGACAAACCAAAAUACAUACGUAGAAUUUUAAAAUACGAUAUGAAGGAACCAGAAAUGGUGGAUUUUAUGGAAGGUAUUUUCCCAGAAGUUAUUGUUACAAAUGUAGAUAAUUCUAAAGAGAAAAAAGAAUUCAAUGAAGGUUCUAUCCAAGAUGAUACUCUUGAAGAUAUAUUGAUCGAUAAACCAAAAUCUAUAACAGAUGAAACAGUAAGGACUCAGCCAAGUCCAGAAUUUGAAGGUGAAGAGAAAAUAGUAGAAUUUUUAAAUAGAGUAGCAAUUGAAGAUGCAAGUGAGGGUGCCAAUCAGCAAUCAGCCGAAGUUACUGAAACUCUUCCACAGAACAUAUAUGGGGGACAGUAUGUCUUAGUAGAGUUCAAUAAUUUUGAGCCCAACUACAUCUCAUCUGAACAACUAAAAAUACUUGAAUUAAAACUUAAAACUGCUCCUGAAGGAUCUCAUAUUAUUGUCAAGAAUACUUUUGAACCUCAACUAUUUGAGUACUAUCAAAAUUCAAUUAAAGAAUUAGACCAAGAUCUUCAAAUGAAAAUUCUUAAGCUUAUUGAUGAAGAUAAAGCAGCUAGAACGAAAGAUUUGAAAUCAUUGAAGUCUGAAACUGAUAAUAAUGAGAUUAAGGAGGAUCAAAGAGAAGUAUUUAAGAUACCUGAAGAAUCCCCUGAAGUUAUACUGGAACAAGGAUCUUCAAGCAUAGAAUUUGAAGAUAUAACAGCAGAUGAUACAGAAGAUGAGAUAGAAGAUGAAAUAAUUGAAAAUUAG